AUGGGGAGGUUAAGGUCCUAUUCCUAUCUACCACAAGACUUGUUGGAAGAAAUUCUCACAAGGCUUCCAGUGAUCUCUAUCAUACGUUUCAAGUGUGUAAACAAGUCAUGGUACAAUCUUUUUGAAAACCACACUUUCAUUGCCAAACACCAUCGCCACCAUUCUUCUCAAAAAAAUCCAAGUCUUCUCGUUGAGGUUGAAGAUAGUACCACCACCCCCCAAAGGUCUGUCAUGUCCCUGCACCUAGCUGAUGGUCUUGAUUCUGGAGUCAGUCUGGACAUGCCGUUUAUUCCAGAGAGAUUGGUAUAUAUAUCUGAUUGCAUCAAUGGAAUAAUUUGCUUAAGAGAAUUAAGCUCACGCUUGGUCUUAUGGAAUCCAGCAGUUAGAGAAUAUACGGUCAUUUCCAAUCCUCCUAGUCAUGUCCAUAGUCCAUCUAAUGUUUGCUACGAUUAUCCCACAUUUGCAUUUGGUUAUGAUCACAUAUCUAAUGACUAUAAGCUGGUUCAGAUUGGCACUUAUUCGACAGUUCUAUAUGACUUAAUUGACCAGAUUUUACAUCCAGUUGUUCAUAUUUACACCCUAAGUACUGAUUCCUGGAGGCAAAUUGACACGGGUUUUGAUCAUUCAAUCCUUAAUUUUCCUGGUGAAUGUAGUAAUAACUUAUACUUUAAUGGAGUUUAUCAUUGGCCUGGUUGUAUCAUCUUGGACAAACACGGACGACAUUGUGAGGUCAUUGUAUGCUUUGACAUGAGGGACGAAGUGUUUCAAAUAAUGAAGAUGCCAAAUCUUGGUGAUAUUUCACAUAUUGAGAAGAUUUGGAAAACUGCAGCUGUGUUAAAUGAUUGUGCUGCUUUGAUUAUUUAUGAUUUAAAACAGACAAAACAAUUUGAUAUAUGGGUGAUGAAUGAAUAUGGGGUCGAGGAGUCUUGGACCAAAAAAUUUGUAAUUGGACCCCUCAUCGUAGAAUUAACAUUGCAUGAUCAGCUUCUUCUAGUAGAUGAUAAGCUUGCUUUAAUUAACGACAAAGGACAUAUACUGUUGUAUGACUUCGGAGCUCAGGAAAUUAAGCAUCUUCAACUUAGAAAUCUUCCAGGCUCAGUUUUUGUAUCACAGGCUAUUACUUAUGUGGAGAGUCUAGUUUCAGUCGCAAGAGGAAAGGUGGAGGCCAAGAAGAGAGGAUAA